GACAUUCGACUCAUUCUAAGUCGUCCGCAAGUUGGGUAACAUAAUUAGAAGGUAGCACCUACGCGUGAGAGAAGUGAAGCCAGUUGACAAGAGGAAAGAAAAGGGUGCGCAUUGCGCAUUACGAGAACAGUAAAGACACAGGUCGUCGACUAACGUGCGCCAACUCCAAAGAAAGACGAAGAGGAAAAGAAAGAGAUGGAGCCCGAGUGGAGAGAUAGAAUUCUCUUUCCUUUUCUGGGUGUAAUCUCAUUCACCACUCUUCUCUAUUUCAAUUUCAGCGAUCAGCUCAGCUUCCCAGUUUUAUGGCAACCCAAUAUGGCCUUUGUCGGCACAAACUCUACCCAUUUCGUUAUCGUCGAAGACGAUCAUGGAGGGAACCAUUCAGAAAUUUACGUUAAUGGGUGGAACUCUUACUGGUUAAUGGAGAAGAGUAUUUGGGGUUCGUCUCGAUCCAAGGUGUCGAAGAUGCUUAAAAUGGGAGCUCAAAUGGGCUUGACCGUUUGCAGGACUUGGGCUUUCAGCGACGGUGAUGGGCCCAGUGCUCUGCAGACCUCACCUGGGGUCUUCAAAGAAAGAGUCUUUCGGGCCUUGGAUUAUGUGAUUGUUGAAGCGAGGAAGAACAAGAUAAGGUUGAUUUUGAGCCUUGUUAAUAAUCUGGAUGCCUUUGGUGGAAAAACUCAGUAUGUCAGGUGGGCAGAAGAAGCUGGAGUUAAUGUUUCUCUCACUAAUGAUUCAUUUUUCUCACACCCGACUGUUAAAGAUUACUACAAGGCUUAUAUCAGGGCAAUUUUAACAAGAAAGAAUUCACUUAGUGGAGUUAAAUACUCUGAGGAACCUGCUAUCUUUGCCUGGGAGCUUAUAAAUGAGCCUAGGUGUUUAUCCAAUUCAUCUGCUCCUGUUCUUCAGGCAUGGAUCACAGAGAUGGCUGCAUAUGUCAAGAGUCUGGAUGAAAAACAUCUUGUGACUGUUGGAAUCGAAGGGUUUUAUGGCUUGAAAACUACUGAAAGAUCUAAGGUGAAUCCUGGUGAAUGGGCAGCCUCACUUGGAUCAGAUUUUAUUCAAAAUUCAGCAAUCGACAACAUCGAUUUUGCUUCUGUUCAUGCUUACCCUGAUAGCUGGAUGCAACACGGUGAUUCUGAAGCAAAAACGAAUUUUCUUUCUCAUUGGGUGGAUUCUCAUAUAAGUGAUGGGGAGCAUGUGCUGAAGAAACCUGUUUUAAUCACUGAAUUUGGCUCUUCUUUACGUAUGAAUAAGAAACCAGAAGACAUAAGCCUCUUAUUAAAGACAGUAUAUGAUAGAAUCUAUGAGUCUGCAAAGAAGAGGCAAGCAGGGGCUGGAGCCUUGAUUUGGCAGUUACUAGUGGAAGGAGUGGAUGAAUAUGCUGACCAGUUUUCUCUCGUAGCAUGGCAUCAUCCCUCUAUCUAUAAAUUGAUAACAAGACAAUCAUGCAGACUAAGAAGAAUCUUAUUCAGUGGCAAAACAAAUGAGGUGCUUCCCACUGAAGAUCCUUGCUAACGUCGAGACAGGACUAAACAAGAAAGUACGAGGUUGUCUUGACCCGUGAUGUACUUGAAACUUAGAACACAUAUUUUUAAACUUGGCCUUGGUUUCUAUUUUAUAUAUAUUUGAUAGUAUAAUCUGUAGGGUGUGUGUAUAACAAGUGAUUUUUUGUCAAAUAAGUAAUAAAAUGUUUUUAGUGUACAUAACCUGUAUUUCAAAAUUCUGUACGAUUUGCGAAGUUGAAAUUAUAUAGCAAUAUAAAUUUGCUCAAGGCUCA